AUGGGGCGGUUAGGGUACCGCAAGUCUAAAAACGGGUGCCUACGAUGCAAGAGACGUGUCAAGGUUCGUGAUCGGUUCUCUUACGACGUCGAAAAGGGUGACAGAUUGGGACUGAUGGCUUGGCACCAGUGUGAUGAGCAAGUGCCAUGUACUGCCUGCAAGAGGCACAAGGUCGAAUGCAGCCUUGAGCGGCCUGGCAGGGGAAAGCCCCUUGAGACGAGUCUUACUGGCCCUCCCAAGCAUCAGAUGCUCUCCAAGCCUAAUAAUGUUCACAGCCUUCCUGUGAGCGGACAAUCGCCCGAAGCAAACUCUUUUCCAGAAACAUGCACCACAGUUGGGUUUUCUGAAUUGUGUCUCUUGGAUCUGGAGCUCAUGCAUCACUUCACGACUAAUACGUGCAUGAUGGGUCCCCACGUGUUGGAUCCGUCUGUAUUCAGGGACGAGUUGCCACGUCUUGGUCUCCGGUACCCGUACCUUCUACAUCAGCUCCUCGCCCUGUCGGCAUUCCAUUGUGCCUAUCUGCGGACAAAAUCUCGCGAGAGGUACCUGUUUCACGGCUCAGAGCACCAAGCUCAUGCCAUCGCUGGCAUGCGAUUAGUCCUUGCAGGGAAGAUGACCGAGGAGACCAGUUUCGCCCUGUUCAUGACCUCAGUUCUGCUCAUGACGAGCAGCUUUGCUUCACAUCUGAAGUAUCAACACAACCAGGCGAUGCCGCCGCUGGCUGGAAUGCUCGAAAUAAUGGCGCUAGUGCGAGGUUUGUCCGCAAUCAAGGCUACCACCCAUGCCGAAUUGCAGUUCAAUGUCUUGGACAAGCUAAAACAUCGCAACGGCUCUCAGCCCUGCUGGAAAGCACUCGAUCCAUUCAAGACGUAG